UCGCUCGACGCAGCCCCCCCCCGGCGCCAUGGCUCCCAGGAAGGGCAGCAGCCGGGGCACCAGGGCUAACGCGCUGCGGAACCGCAAACUCGCCUCCUUCCUGAAGGACUUCGACCGCGAGGUGCAAAUUCGAAUCAAUCAAAUCGAGUCCGACAGACAGAACCUCCUCAAGGAGGUGGAGAACUUGUACAACAUCGAGAUCCUUCGGCUCCCCAAGGCGCUGCGCGAGAUGAAUUGGCUUGACUACUUCGCCCUUGGAGGAAACAAACAGGCCCUGGAAGAGGCAGCAACUGCUGAUGUAGACAUCACAGAAAUAAACAAGUUAACAGCUGAAGCUAUUCAGACACCUUUGAAAUCUGUCAAAAAGCGGAAGGUGAUCCAGGUGGAUGAAGUGAUAAUGGAGGAAGAAGAAGAAGAAAAGAAUCCUAGGAAUCUUCGAUCUACAAGAGUCAAAAGAUGCCCUCCAUCCAAGAAGAGAACCCAGUCCAUACAAGGAAGAGGCAGGAGCAAAAGGUUAAGCCAUGAUUUUGUGACACCAGCUGUGAGCAGACUGGAGCCAUCUUUGGUGAAACCAACCCCAGGCAUGACACCAAGGUUUGAUUCCAGGGUUUUCAAGACCCCAGGUCUGCGCACUCCAGCAGCCAGAGAGCAGAUUUACAACAUCUCGAUCAAUGGCAGCCCCCUUGCUGACAGCAAAGAUAUCUCCCUCACUGUGCCUGUGGGUGGUGGUGCGAGCUUGCGGCUCCUGGCCAGUGACUUGCAGAGGAUUGAUAUUGCUCAGCUGAAUCCAGAGGCCCUAGGAAACAUUAAGAAGCUCUCGAGCCGCCUUGCCCAGAUCUGCAGCAGCAUACGGACCGGCAAAUGAGAAGAUGGCAGCGGGGACUGUGGUGGCAGAGCAGGCACAUCUGUCCUCUUCCCCUCAUCCUGUGCGGUGCUGGAUAUAGUUUCCCCUGCUGACACGAGGCAUGGUGCUUUCUCUCUGUCUCUGUUUAAAAGACCACGUGCUGGUUUGACAGCUCUGGUGCCUUGCUGUGCACUCUAGUUAUUUGGAUAGGGAGCACAGGCCUAGUCAGGGCUGUGUGUACCUGGUGCAGAGUGACUGAGCUGUCUGGUCUCUGGUCCCACCAGGUCUGUAGACUGCUUGGAUCAUUGUCCUGGAGGGCUCACCAGAAGUGCACAGGAGGCUGUUAUAGUCUUGUGAUUUCAGUCCUCUGCAGGUGGGAGUGUUUCAGGGGGUUUCUACUGCUGAGGCUUUCAUCCCUGUUGUCUUCGGAGCAGUGGCAUUUCAGCUGAUUUGCCCUACUGAAAGAUUGCUGUUUUCAAUAAAUCUUGGUUUGCUUUGGUUUUUAAA